UUCCAUUAUUAUAAAGCGGUCUUUACUCUUUACUGAAAUUAAUUUAAUUUAUCACAAAAUGAAGUAUUUUAUUUUCUUAAUUGUAACAGUUGUGAUAACGGUUGAAGCGGGAGAUGUCUGUGAUGUGACUCCAAUAUAUGAAUGGAGUGGAGAACCCUCAUAUCGUAAAGAAAUCCUUCCAAAUCCUGUAAAGUUGAUCAUCAUUCAGCAUACAGCAAGCCUUGACUGUUACAGCGAUGACCGUUGCCGGACUGUUGCAAAAGGAAUUAGAGAUUAUCACAUAUUUGAAAGAGGAUUUGAUGAUAUUGGACCUUCUUUUCUAAUUGGAGGCAAUGGCAUUGUUUAUGAAGGUGCUGGUUGGCACCGAGUCGGGGCACAUACGAAGCGUUACAAUAAUCGGUCUAUAGGGAUCUCGUUUAUGGGAAAUUUUCAGAGUAAACUACCUACAUCAAAGGCGCUGCAAGCAGCAGAAAAUCUGAUAAGAUGCGGUGUGACAAGCAAGUAUUUGACCGAAGACUAUUUACUGGUGGGUCACCAGCAACUGACUUCAACUGGAAGCCCCGGAAGGGAGCUGCAAGCAUAUAUAGAAAUAUGGUCACACUGGGUGAAAAUUGUCCAAUAGAACCCAUGAUUAUACAAUAUCUAAUUAGACUAUCUCCUUUGUAAAAAAAAUUAUGUAAUUUUUUCCGUUUGCGUGAAUACGAUUAAUGAAGUCCGUUGUUAUUAAAACACAUGAAAAAGAACAAAUCCCCUUGAUCUUGAUUUGUAUUUAAUACGAAAUACUUGUAACGCCGAAAAGAGUAUCGAUUUCUUAUACAAAUAACAGUUACAAAGUAUCUUAAAUACAUUUGAGACAUAUUUUUCACAAGUAUGUCAUAUACAAAUAUGUAUACACAAAUAGUUUAAUACUUAUUACUUAUUCUUUUUCUUAAAAUAUCACUUCUGUUAUCUGGUGUUUUGUCUACAGUGAAAUCAAAAUACAUACUUUACAAAUUAUCGUUUGGUUUAAAAUACAUUGUUCAUAGACUGAUAAAUGAUUUGACUGUUUUUAAUUAUCUUUUUGCUGAUUGCUACAGUAGUAAAAUUUGUUUUCAACAGAAUAAUAACAAAAUAUUAAUGUUUAGUAUCUUUACAGCUAUAACAUAUCUAUAUAGUAUUAUAUUGUACUAGCUGUUCCCGCGACUUUGUCCGCGUGGAAUUUAACUUUACUUUUCUAAAAUAAAAGUAGCCUAAGUUACUCCUUAUCACAUCAGCUACCUGCCAAAAAAAAUCCCGUUAAAAUUGGUCUAGGCAUUUCAGAGAUUAGCCGGAACAAACAGACAGACAGACAGACAAAAAUUGUAAAAAAUGUUGUUUUAGUAUAUGUACCGUAUUUAUAUUCAUGUGCAUGUAGUAAAAAAAUGGUUAUUUCAAUACUUCACUGUAUAUAUAUAGAUAAUGUCUACUUAAAUUAUCAUA